AUGCUUCUGUUCGCUUUGUCUCUGAUUGGGGUAGCUUUUGCAUUGACUAAACCAAAGCCGCAACAAAGUGAGGAUCUUGAACUUGAAGCAAAAAGGCUUGCUUGGGUGGAGGCCGAUUUUCAAUGCAAGAAUUGGAUUUUGAAUGCACUUUCACUUCAGUUAUAUAAUGUUUAUAAUUCUUUUGAAAGUGCAUACAUGAUAUGGGAUGCUCUGUCCAAGAAGUACACUCUUGAGGAUGCAGGGAGUAGUAAGUAUAUGGUGACCAACUUUCUGAAUUUUGUUAUGUCUGAUGGAGAGGACAUCUCCUCCCAGAUUGACAAAUUUCAGGUACUUGUUGGGAAGCUAGCAAAGGAGAAUAUCAUUCUGCCAUAUGCAUUUGUCACUGGUUCAUUGAUUGAGAAACUCCCUUCUUCUUGGAACCCAUUUAAGUUAACCAUGAAGCACAAAAGAAAGGAGUGGACCUUUGAACGAGUUGUAGUCUGGAUCAAAAUUGAAGAAAGGAACCGUGCAAAAGACAAGGCUAUUGAGACUCCCAAACUCAAAGCAAAUUUGGUUGAAACAGAGAAGCAAGGAAAUUCUAAGAAGGGCCUUCAUGUUAAGAAGGACAAUUCUUUCAAUAAAAAGAAAGAGGUUAAUAUGGUUGAAAAACCAACGGAUUGGGUACUUGAUAUUGGUGCUACAAGACACAUCAGUGGAGAUCAAAGUUCCUUUUCUAAGUACUCUGUUAUAAAACUGAUGACAAGGUCUUCAUGGAAAAUUCUCAAUCUUCAAGUGUGGUUAGAAAAUGUCAAGUGA